AUGUAUAGCCGGUGGGUGUACGAUGGGGCCAUCGAAGACCCGUUCUUCGAAUUCUUCGUCAAAGUAAACGCAGACAUCUCCGACGACAGCGACCACGCCUGGCGGGAAAAGCACGUGCUUGACCCUAAGUUGGUACCAAACUGUGUUCCGUUGGACACCGCACGCACUAUACUAUUGGUAGGUAAAUCCGUGUACUUUAUACGACAACGGUGUGGGGAUAGCGCCGAGAUUGUACCGCAGGAGGUGCGAGAGGGGGGCAUUGAGAUGUUCAAGUACGGUCAGCCUGGAGGAUUGCAAUCAGCACUGGAUCAGGCGUAUUCCAUCACCGGUGCUCGGCUGCUGGACAUCAUGCACAACAAGUUCCGUCUGAGUGUGCACAUGGUGGCCUUGAAGAAGUAUCUACUGUUGGCUCAGGGGGAUUUCGUACAAGCCCUUAUGGAGAAUGUAGACCGCGAAUUGUCGUGCCCGGCUGAGAAGCUGUACCUACACAAUCUGGCGAGCACCAUACAAACCGCAGCACAGGCAACCACAGUCAAAUACGAAGACGCAGAGGUGUUAGAACGCCUGGAUGUGCGACUAGAACAAGUAGGGCGCGAGGCAUCCACAGGCUACGAUCUGUUUCUGCUGGACUAUCAUGUGCACGGGCCUGUGAACGUCGUGUUCACCGGCACGGCUAUGCAUCAAUAUCACCGCUUGGUAGGUGUAUAUGUAGAAUCCACGGGGUAUGCAUAUCUGUGA